AUGGGUGAACGGCUGUAUCGGACCCAGAUUCUACUUCGUCCUGAACAGCACAGCAGGCUGGUGCUGAUCUCCAGGGAAGAGGGAAAGAGCAUCUCCCAGGUCGCCCGCACGCUUAUCGACGAAGCGCUGGUCACACAUCGGAGCGCAGCCUGGGCGGCCCGGGAGCCCGCUCUGGUCCAUCUGCGGACUCUCAGAGAGGCCAUCCAGGCUACCAGCGGCGUGCUCACCGCCGACCUGAUCGGCGAAGCACGGGACGAACGGGAGCAGGAAGGCCCGUGACGAUG